AUGGAGCGCAGUUGCUGGGCCCCGCGGACUUUCCUCCUGGCGCUGUUGCUGGGGGCGACGCUGAGGGCGCGCGCGGCGGUGGGCUAUUACCCCCGCUUCUCGCCCUUCUUUUUCCUGUGCACCCACCACGGGGAGCUGGAAGGGGAUGGGGAGCAGGGCGAGGUGCUCAUUUCCCUGCACAUUGCAGGCAACCCCUCCUACUACGUACCGGGACAAGAAUACCAUGUGACAAUUUCAACAAGCACCUUCUUUGACGGCUUGCUGGUGACAGGACUAUACACAUCUACAAGUGUUCAGGCUUCACAGAGCAUUGGAGGUUCUAAUGCUUUUGGAUUUGGGAUCAUGUCUGACCACCAGUUUGGUAACCAGUUUAUGUGCAGCGUGGUGGCCUCUCAUGUGAGUCAUCUGCCCACAACCAACCUCAGCUUCGUCUGGAUCGCUCCACCUGUUGGCACUGGCUGCGUGAAUUUCAUGGCUACGGCAACACACAGGGGCCAGAUUAUUUUCAAAGAUGCUUUAGCCCAGCAGCUGUGUGAACAAGGAGCUCCAACAGAAGCCACAAUGCACCCACAUCUAGCUGAAGUACAUAGCGACAGCAUUAUCCUACGAGAUGACUUUGACUCCUACCACCAACUAGAGUUGAAUCCAAAUAUAUGGGUUGAAUGUAACAACUGUGAGACUGGAGAACAGUGUGGUGCAAUUAUGCAUGGCAAUGCUGUCACCUUCUGUGAGCCAUAUGGUCCGAGAGAAUUGAUAACCACAAGCCUUAAUACAACAACAGCCUCCGUCCUCCAAUUUUCCAUUGGCUCAGGUUCGUGUCGCUUUAGUUACUCAGACCCCAGCAUCAUUGUGUCGUACGCCAAGAAUAAUACCGGAGACUGGAUUCAGUUGGAGAGAAUUAGGGCCCCUUCCAAUGUCAGCACCAUCAUACACAUCCUCUACCUUCCUGAAGACACCAAAGGGGAGAACGUCCAGUUUCAGUGGAAGCAGGAAAGUCUCCAUGUAGGCGAAGUGUAUGAAGCCUGCUGGGCCUUAGAUAACAUCCUGAUCAUCAACUCAGCUCACAGACAAGUCAUUUUAGAAGACAGUCUUGAUCCAGUAGACACGGGCAACUGGCUUUUUUUCCCAGGAGCUACAGUUAAGCAUAGCUGUCAGUCAGAUGGGAACUCCAUUUAUUUCCAUGGGAAUGAAGGCAGUGAGUUCAAUUUUGCCACCACCCGGGAUGUAGACCUUUCUACAGAGGAUAUUCAAGAGCAGUGGUCAGAAGACUUUGAAAGCCAGCCUACAGGGUGGGACAUCUUGGGAGCUGUCAUUGGUACAGAAUGCGGAACAGUAGAAUCAGGUUUAUCAAUGGUCUUCCUCAAAGAUGGAGAGAGGAAAUUAUGCACCCCAUAUAUGGAUACUACCGGUUAUGGGAACCUGAGAUUUUACUUCGUUAUGGGAGGGGUUUGUGACCCUGGAGAUUCUCAUGAAAAUGAUAUCACCCUGUACGCAAAGAUUGAAGGAAGAAAAGAGCACAUUACACUGGAUACUCUUUCUUAUUCCUCCUAUAAGGUUCCAUCUUUAGUUUCUGUCAUCAUCUAUCCUGAGCUUCAGACGCCUGCUACCAGAUUUUGUCUCAGGCAAAGGAACCAUCAAGGUCAAAACAGGAACGUCUGGGCUGUCGAUUUUUUCCAUGUCUUACCUGUUCUCCCUUCUACGAUGUCUCACAUGAUACAGUUUUCCAUUAAUCUGGGCUGUGGAACACAUCAACCUGGUAACAGCGUCAGCUUGGAGUUUUCCACCAACCAUGGGCGCUCCUGGUCCCUCCUCCACACUGAGUGUUUGCCUGAGAUCUGUGCUGGACCCCACCUCCCCCACAGCACAAUCUACUCUUCCGAAAACUACAGUGGGUGGAACCGAAUAACGAUUCCCCUUCCUAAUGCAGCACUAACCAGGGACACCAGAAUUCGCUGGAGACAAACGGGACCAAUCCUUGGAAACAUGUGGGCAAUUGAUAAUGUUUAUAUUGGUCCAUCGUGCCUCAAGUUCUGUUCUGGCCGAGGACAGUGUACUCGACAUGGUUGCAAGUGUGACCCUGGAUUUUCUGGCCCAGCUUGUGAGAUGGCAUCCCAGACAUUCCCAAUGUUUAUUUCUGAAAGCUUUGGCAGUUCCAGGCUCUCCUCUUACCAUAACUUUUACUCUAUCCGUGGUGCUGAAGUCAGCUUUGGUUGUGGUGUCUUGGCCAGUGGUAAGGCCCUGGUUUUCAACAAAGAUGGGAGGCGUCAGCUAAUUACAUCUUUCCUUGACAGCUCACAAUCCAGGUUUCUCCAGUUCACAUUGAGGCUGGGGAGCAAGUCUGUUCUGAGCACAUGCAGAGCCCCCGACCAGCCUGGUGAAGGAGUUUUAUUGCAUUAUUCGUAUGAUAAUGGGAUAACUUGGAAACUCUUGGAGCACUAUUCAUAUCUCAACUAUCAUGAGCCCAGAAUAAUCUCCGUAGAGUUACCGGAUGAUGCAAGACAGUUUGGAAUUCAGUUCAGAUGGUGGCAACCAUAUCAUUCUUCCCAGGGAGAAGACGUAUGGGCCAUUGAUGAGAUUAUCAUGACAUCUGUCCUUUUCAACAGCAUUAGCCUUGACUUUACCAAUCUUGUGGAGGUCACUCAGUCUCUGGGAUUCUACCUUGGAAAUGUUCAGCCAUACUGUGGCCAUGACUGGACACUUUGUUUCACGGGAGAUUCUAAACUUGCGUCAAGUAUGCGCUAUGUGGAAACACAAUCAAUGCAGAUAGGAGCAUCCUAUAUGAUUCAGUUCAGUUUGGUGAUGGGCUGUGGGCAGAAAUACACUCCGCACAUGGACAACCAGGUGAAACUGGAGUACUCAACCAAUCAUGGCCUCACCUGGCACCUGGUCCAAGAGGAAUGUCUUCCAAGUAUGCCGAGUUGUCAGGAAUUCACGUCAGCAAGUAUUUACCAUGCCAGUGAGUUCACGCAGUGGAGAAGAGUCAUAGUGCUUCUUCCCCAGAAAACUUGGUCCAGUGCCACCCGCUUCCGCUGGAGUCAGAGCUAUUACACAGCCCAAGACGAAUGGGCUUUGGACAGCAUUUACAUUGGACAGCAAUGCCCAAACAUGUGCAGUGGGCACGGCUCAUGUGACCACGGCGUGUGCAGGUGUGACCAGGGAUACCAAGGCACCGAAUGCCACCCAGAAGCUGCCCUUCCUUCCACGAUCAUGUCAGAUUUUGAGAACCAGAAUGGUUGGGAGUCUGACUGGCAAGAAGUCAUUGGGGGAGAAAUUGUAAAGCCGGAACAAGGGUGUGGGGUCAUCUCAUCUGGAUCAUCUCUGUAUUUCAGCAAGGCUGGGAAAAGACAGCUGGUGAGCUGGGAUCUGGAUACUUCUUGGGUGGACUUUGUCCAGUUCUACAUCCAGAUUGGCGGAGAGAGCGCUGCGUGCAACAAGCCAGACAGCAGAGAGGAGGGCGUCCUCCUCCAGUACAGCAACAACGGGGGCAUCCAGUGGCACCUGCUAGCAGAGAUGUACUUCUCAGACUUCAGCAAACCCAGAUUCGUCUACCUGGAGCUGCCAGCUGCUGCUAAGACCCCUUGCACCAGGUUUCGCUGGUGGCAGCCUGUGUUCUCGGGCGAGGGCUAUGACCAGUGGGCCGUCGAUGACAUCAUCAUCCUGUCAGAGAAGCAAAAGCAGGUCAUCCCGAUUGUGAACCCAACUUUACCUCAGAACUUUUAUGAGAAGCCGGCUUUUGAUUACCCGAUGAAUCAAAUGAGUGUGUGGUUGAUGUUGGCUAAUGAAGGGAUGGUUAAAAAUGAAACUUUCUGCUCUGCCACACCAUCAGCCAUGGUAUUUGGAAAAUCAGACGGGGAUCGAUUUGCAGUAACUCGAGAUUUGACUUUGAAACCUGGAUAUGUGCUACAGUUCAAGCUAAACAUAGGGUGUGCCAAUCAGUUCAGCAGUGCUGCCCCAGUUCUUCUUCAGUACUCUCAUGAUGCGGGUAUGUCCUGGUUUCUGGUGAAAGAAGGCUGUUACCCAGCUUCUGCAGGCAAAGGAUGUGAAGGCAACUCCAGGGAACUAAGUGAGCCCACCAUGUAUCACACGGGGGACUUUGAGGAAUGGACAAGAAUCACCAUUGUCAUUCCAAGGUCUCUUGCAUCCAGUAAAACCAGAUUCCGAUGGAUUCAGGAGAGCAGCUCACAGAAGAACGUGCCUCCCUUUGGUUUGGAUGGAGUGUACAUAUCUGAGCCUUGUCCCAGUUACUGCAGUGGCCACGGGGACUGUGUCUCGGGGGUGUGUUUCUGUGACCUGGGGUACACCGCUGCACAAGGAACCUGUGUGUCCAAUGUCCCUAAUCACAGUGAGAUGUUCGAUAGGUUUGAGGGGAAGCUCAGCCCUCUGUGGUACAAGAUAACUGGGGGCCAAGUUGGAACCGGAUGUGGAACGCUGAAUGAUGGCAAAUCUCUCUACUUCAAUGGCCCCGGGAAAAGAGAAGCGAGGACCGUCCCUCUGGACACCAGGAAUAUCAGACUCGUUCAGUUUUAUAUACAAAUUGGGAGCAAAACUUCAGGGAUUACCUGCAUCAAACCAAGAGCAAGAAAUGAAGGGCUUGUUGUUCAGUAUUCAAAUGACAACGGGAUACUCUGGCAUUUGCUUCGAGAGUUGGACUUCAUGUCAUUUCUGGAGCCACAGAUCAUUUCCAUUGACCUGCCACGGGAGGCGAAGACCCCUGCCACAGCUUUUCGAUGGUGGCAACCCCAACAUGGGAAACAUUCAGCCCAGUGGGCCUUGGAUGAUGUCCUUAUAGGAAUGAAUGACAGCUCUCAAACUGGGUUUCAAGACAAAUUUGAUGGCUCCAUAGAUUUGCAAGCCAGCUGGUACCGAAUACAAGGAGGUCAAGUCGGUAUUGACUGUCUCUCUAUGGAUACUGCUCUGAUAUUCACUGAAAACAUAGGAAAACCGCGUUAUGCCGAGACCUGGGACUUUCACGUGUCAGCAUCGACCUUCUUGCAGUUUGAAAUGAGCAUGGGCUGCAGCAAGCCCUUCAGUGACGCCCACAGCGUCCAGCUCCAGUAUUCUCUAAACAACGGCAGGGACUGGCAUCUGGUCACCGAGGAGUGUGUGCCUCCCACCAUUGGCUGCCUGCACUACACGGAAAGUUCCGUGUACACCUCAGAACGAUUCCAGAAUUGGAAGCGGAUCACCGUCUACCUUCCACUCUCCACCAUAUCUCCCAGGACCCGGUUCCGAUGGAUUCAGUCCAACUACACUGUGGGGGCUGACGCGUGGGCCAUUGAUAAUGUUGUGCUGGCCUCCGGGUGCCCCUGGCUGUGCUCAGGACGAGGGAUUUGCGAUGCUGGACACUGUGUAUGUGACCGGGGCUUUGGUGGCACCUACUGUGUGCCCAUCGUUCCUCUGCCCUCGAUUCUUAAGGAUGAUUUCAACGGAAACCUACAUCCCGAUCUUUGGCCUGAAGUGUAUGGUGCCGAGAGGGGGAAUCUGAAUGGUGAAACCAUCAAAUCUGGAACAUCACUUAUUUUUAAAGGGGAAGGACUGAGGAUGCUUAUUUCAAGAGAUCUAGAUUGUACCAAUACUAUGUAUGUCCAGUUUUCACUUAGAUUUAUAGCAAAAGGUACCCCGGAGAGGUCUCACUCUAUUCUAUUACAAUUCUCUAUCAAUGGGGGAAUCACUUGGCACCUGAUGGACGAAUUUUACUUCCCUCAGACAACCAACAUACUUUUCAUUAAUGUUCCCUUGCCAUAUACUGCCCAGACCAAUGCGACAAGGUUCAGACUCUGGCAACCUUAUAAUAAUGGUAAGAAAGAAGAAAUCUGGAUCAUUGAUGACUUCAUUAUUGAUGGUAAUAAUCUAAACAACCCUCUGAUGCUCCUGGAUACAUUUGACUUUGGACCCAGAGAAGACAAUUGGUUUUUCUAUCCUGGUGGUAACAUUGGCCUUUAUUGUCCAUAUUCUUCAAAAGGAGCUCCCGAGGAAGAUUCAGCUAUGGUAUUUGUUUCAAAUGAAGUUGGUGAGCAUUCUAUUACCACUCGUGACCUGGAUGUGAAUGAGAACACCAUCAUACAAUUUGAGAUCAAUGUGGGAUGCUCCACGGAUAGCUCAUGUACAGAUCCAGUCAGACUGGAGUUUUCAAGGGACUUUGGGGCGACAUGGCACCUGCUGCUACCCCUCUGCUACCAUGGCAGCAACCACAUCAGCUCCCUGUGCUCCACUGAGCACCACCCGAGCAGCACCUACUACGCAGGGACCACCCAGGGCUGGAGGAGGGAGGUCGUGCACUUCGGGAAGCUGCACCUGUGCGGAUCUGUGCGUUUCAGAUGGUACCAAGGAUUCUACCCUGCUGGCUCUCAGCCAGUGACGUGGGCCAUCGAUAAUGUCUAUAUUGGUCCCCAAUGUGAAGAGAUGUGUAAUGGACAUGGGGGUUGUAUCAAUGGAACCAAGUGUAUAUGUGAUCCCGGCUACUCAGGUCCUACCUGUAAAAUAAGCACCAAAAAUCCCGAUUUUCUCAAAGAUGAUUUUGAAGGUCAGCUAGAAUCCGAUAGAUUCUUGUUGAUGAGUGGUGGAAAGCCAUCUCGGAAGUGUGGGAUCCUUUCCAGUGGAAACAACCUCUUUUUCAAUGAAGAUGGCUUGCGCAUGUUGAUGACACGAGAUCUGGAUUUAUCACAUGCUAGAUUUGUGCAGUUCUUCAUGAGACUGGGAUGUGGUAAAGGUGUCCCUGACCCCAGGAGCCAACCUGUGCUUCUCCAGUAUUCACUCAAUGGCGGCCUGUCGUGGAGUCUCCUUCAAGAGUUUCUUUUCAGCAACUCCAGCAACGUGGGCAGGUACAUCGCCCUGGAGAUACCCUUGAAAGCCCGUUCUGCUUCUACUCGCCUCCGCUGGUGGCAGCCAUCUGAAAACGGGCACUUCUACAGUCCCUGGGUUAUCGACCAGAUUCUUAUUGGAGGAAAUAUUUCUGGCAAUACGGUCUUGGAGGACGAUUUCACAAACCUGGAUAGUAGGAAAUGGCUGCUCCACCCGGGAGGCACCAAGAUGCCCGUGUGUGGCUCCACUGGUGACGCCCUGGUCUUCAUCGAAAAGGCCAGCACCCGCUACGUGGUCACCACAGACAUCGCCGUGAAUGACGAUUCAUUCCUGCAGAUCGAUUUUGCUGCCUCCUGCUCGGUCACGGACUCCUGCUAUGCUAUUGAAUUGGAAUACUCGGUAGAUCUUGGAUUAUCAUGGCACCCAUUGGUAAGGGACUGUCUACCUACCAAUGUUGAAUGUAGCCGCUAUCACCUGCAGCGGAUCCUGGUGUCAGACACUUUCAACAAAUGGACCAGAAUCACUCUGCCCCUCCCUCCUUAUACAAGGUCCCAAGCCACUCGUUUCCGUUGGCAUCAACCAGCUCCUUUUGACAAGCAGCAGACAUGGGCCAUAGACAAUGUCUAUAUCGGGGACGGCUGUAUAGAUAUGUGCGGUGGCCACGGAAGGUGCAUCCAAGGAAGCUGUGUCUGUGACGAGCAGUGGGGUGGCCUAUACUGUGAAGAGCCCGAGAUCUCCCUUCCAACCCAACUCAAAGACAACUUCAAUAGAGCUCCAUCCAACCAGAACUGGUUGACUGUGAACGGAGGGAAACUAAGUACCGUGUGUGGCGCUGUGGCUUCGGGAAUGGCUCUCCACUUCAGCGGGGGUUGCAGUCGACUGCUAGUCACCGUGGAUCUGAACCUCACUAAUGCCGAGUUUAUCCAAUUUUACUUCAUGUACGGAUGCCUGAUUACACCGAACAACCGUAACCAAGGUGUUCUCCUGGAAUAUUCUGUCAAUGGAGGCAUUACCUGGAACCUGCUAAUGGAAAUUUUCUAUGAUCAAUACAGUAAACCUGGAUUUGUGAAUAUCCUUCUCCCUCCUGAUGCUAAAGAGAUUGCUACUCGCUUCCGCUGGUGGCAGCCAAGACAUGAUGGCCUGGAUCAGAAUGAUUGGGCCAUCGACAAUGUCCUCAUCUCGGGCUCUGCUGACCAGAGGACCGUCAUGCUGGACACUUUCAGCAGUGCCCCUGUGCCCCAGCACGAGCGUUCCCCUGCAGACGCCGGCCCUGUUGGGAGAAUUGCCUUCGACAUGUUUAUGGAGGAUAAAACUGCAGUGAAUGAGCAUUGGCUAUUCCAUGAUGAUUGCACGGUAGAAAGAUUCUGUGACUCCCCUGAUGGCGUCAUGAUUUGCGGUAGCCAUGAUGGAAGAGAAGUGUACGCCGUGACCCAUGACCUGACUCCCACGGAAGGCUGGAUCAUGCAGUUCAAGAUCUCUGUUGGAUGUAAAGUAUCUGAAAAAGUUGCCCAGAAUCAAAUUCAUGUGCAGUAUUCUGCCGACUUUGGUGUGAGCUGGAAUUAUCUGGUCCCUCAGUGCUUACCUGCAGACCCCAAAUGCUCUGGAAGUGUUUCUCAGCCAUCUGUAUUCUUUCCAACCAAAGGGUGGAAAAGGAUCACCUACCCACUCCCUGAAAGCUUAGUGGGGAAUCCAGUAAGAUUGAGGUUCUAUCAGAAGUACUCAGAUACGCAGUGGGCAAUCGAUAAUUUCUACCUGGGCCCUGGAUGCUUGGACAACUGUAAAGGGCAUGGAGAUUGUUUAAAGGAACAGUGCAUCUGUGAUCCAGGAUACUCUGGGCCCAAUUGCUACUUGACUCACACUCUGAAGACUUUCCUGAAGGAACGCUUUGAUAGUGAAGAAAUCAAGCCCGAUUUAUGGAUGUCCUUAGAAGGUGGAAGUACCUGUACCGAGUGUGGGAUUCUUGCCGAGGACACCGCGCUCUAUUUUGGGGGAUCCACUGUGAGACAAGCUAUUACUCAAGAUCUGGAUCUCAGAGGGGCCAAAUUCCUGCAGUACUGGGGACGCAUCGGUAGUGAAAACAACAUGACCUCCUGCCAUCGGCCCAUCUGCCGGAAGGAAGGCGUGCUGUUGGACUACUCUACUGAUGGAGGAAUUACUUGGACUUUGCUCCAUGAGAUGGAUUACCAGAAAUACAUCUCUGUUAGACACGACUACAUACUCCUCCCUGAGGACGCCCUCACCAACACAACUCGACUUCGCUGGUGGCAGCCUUUUGUGAUCAGCAAUGGACUCGUGGUCUCUGGAGUGGAGCGUGCACAAUGGGCACUAGACAACAUACUGAUUGGAGGAGCAGAAAUCAAUCCUAGUCAACUUGUCGACACUUUUGAUGAUGAAGGUACUUCCCAUGAAGAAAACUGGAGUUUUUACCCUAAUGCAGUAAGGACAGCGGGAUUCUGUGGCAAUCCAUCCUUCCACCUCUACUGGCCGAAUAAAAAGAAGGACAAGACUCACAAUGCUCUCUCCUCCAGAGAACUCAUUAUACAGCCAGGAUAUAUGAUGCAGUUUAAAAUUGUGGUGGGUUGUGAAGCCACUUCUUGUGGUGACCUUCAUUCCGUAAUGUUGGAGUAUACUAAGGAUGCAAGGUCUGAUUCCUGGCAGCUCGUUCAGACCCAGUGCCUUCCUUCCUCUUCAAACAGCAUCGGCUGCUCCCCCUUCCAGUUCCACGAAGCCACCAUCUACAAUGCUGUCAACAGCUCAAGCUGGAAGAGGAUCACCAUUCAGCUGCCUGACCAUGUCUCCUCCAGUGCGACACAGUUCCGCUGGAUCCAGAAGGGGGAAGAAACAGAGAAGCAAAGCUGGGCAAUUGACCACGUGUACAUCGGAGAGGCUUGCCCCAAGCUCUGCAGUGGACAUGGAUACUGCACCACUGGCGCCGUCUGCAUCUGUGAUGAAAGUUUCCAAGGUGACGAUUGCUCUGUUUUCAGUCAUGAUCUUCCCAGUUAUAUCAAAGAUAAUUUCGAGUCAGCAAGAGUCACUGAAGCAAACUGGGAGACCAUUCAAGGUGGGGUGAUAGGAAGUGGCUGCGGGCAGCUGACGCCCUACGCCCAUGGAGACUCACUCUAUUUUAAUGGCUGUCAGAUAAGGCAGGCGGCCACCAAGCCUCUGGAUCUCACUCGAGCAAGCAAAAUCAUGUUUGUUUUGCAAAUUGGGAGCAGUGCGCAGACGGACAGCUGCAACAGUGACGUGAGCGGCCCGCGCGCCGCCGACAAAGCCGUGCUGCUUCAGUACAGCGUCAACGGCGGCAUCAGCUGGCACGUGAUCGCGCAGCACCAGCCCAAGGACUUCACGCAGGCCCAGAGGGUGUCCUACAACGUCCCCCUGGAGGCACGGAUGAAAGGAGUUUUAUUGCGCUGGUGGCAACCUCGCCACAACGGAACAGGUCAUGAUCAAUGGGCUUUGGACCAUGUGGAGGUCGUCCUCACUCGCAAACAAAAUUACAUGAUGAAUUUUUCACGACAACAUGGGCUCAGGCAUUUCUACAACAGAAGACGGAGGUCACUUAGACGAUACCCAUGAAGAAUCACAACUUUUAUUUUUCCUUCCAACAUGUGAUGUGUUGCUUCCCAUUCUUUUAAAUCACGCACCGCAUCUGGUAUCAGGAAAAUUCUGCGAAGGACUUGGUGACUAACUGAAAGCCCUUCUUACGACCGAGUGCACACCACUUUCCCACACUGUGAACUAAUGACAAGUGACUUAUUUUCUCAUGAGUAAAUGUCUUCAUGUUGCUGUGUCCGUGAAAAUUGUGAUCUGUUGUAAUAUCAGUUACAGUGGCAGUAUUGAAAAUAAGAAAUAGUUUAAUGGAAAAAAAAGUUUAAGCACAAAAAUUUAAGAGAUUUUAUGUUUAAAAAUGGCAUUUAGUACAGAAUUUAACAUUCUUGGUCACAAAGCUAUUUAAGUGGACUGUAUUUCAGCUCUGUAUCAUGUUUUAUAUGAUUAAAUUAUCAUUGUUCCUUUAUGUGUUCUCUUCUACAGUAUAACACAUUGACACUAUUUACUUGUUAUGUUGCAAUAUUUUGCUGCUGAAUUUCGGGCGACUUAUAUUCUGCAGAGAAUUCAUUGAGAUACCUACUCAAGAAGAUAGUUGUAAAGAUAUUGUAUCUCCUUUAAUAUACUCCUUAAAAUGUAUGUUGGUUUAGCGUUGUUUUGUGGAUAAGAAAAAUGCCUGACCUUGAAAUAUUUUCUACUUAAAAAUUGUGGAUGAAAACCCUAUCUCCCAAAGGUUCCCAGCUCCUUGUCUAAAGGUUCUUUUAAAGUGUUCUGUGGCUGAUUUACUAACAGUAACUGCCAUUUCGUGUCUGUGGUAACAGAGUGAUUUGUAAAACAGUGGAUGUUUUCAUUGUGUUCUCUUUGUGGAUUGUUUUUCCUGCGGCUCAUUCGCAUACCUUCUGAUGAAGUUGUACCAACACCAGCAACAUUAUAAUGGCCCCGUAGCCCUGAACUCUCUAUUAACCUAAGUAAAAGGUUGUACUCUAGGGUGAGCCAAGCUAAAAGCCCAUACUUAAAUAAAAAUUAUGUCCAUAA